AUGCGGCUGUCCUUGGCUACACUGCUACCGCUCUUGAGCUUCUCGACGACGACUUUAUGUUCGGCCGCGUCCCUGCUCGCGAUCGAUCUCGGUACGGACGCGCUCAAGGCUUCGCUCGUCAAACCCGGAGUGCCUUUCGAUGUGCUGUUGACGAAGGAAGGGAGGAGGAAGACGCCGGUGGUGAUGACGAUCAGGAAGGGGGAGCGUAGCUUUGGUGGCGAGGCGGUCAAUUUGGUACGUUUCGCUGGCCUCAGCUCGGGUCGCGACUUUGCGCAGGCGCACGGACGGGUGUUCACGUCUUGCAAACACGACCGGGUGGCAGAGACGUGAUGAAUAGGAACUAAUUCCAGCUCUGGUUCGAACAGGCAACGCGUUUCCCACAAGACACGUUCUCCUCUCUCAAGCUCGUACUCGGCCACCCUUCCUCGCACCCUCAAUCCCAACUGCACUCCUCGCUCUACGAUCUCCCCAUCUCCACCACCGCGCGAGGAUCCCCUUCUCUUUCAUCCUCUUCAGGUUCGUUCGCGAUCGAAGAAUUAUUGGCGAUGCAGUUCACGAACACGCGCGAGUUGGCCGAAGAAGUCGUCGGUGAAUUCGUCAAGGACGUCGUCGUGAGUGUGCCCGCUUGGUGGACUCAAUCCGAACGACAAGCUGUAGUCGAUGCGCUCGACUUGGCUGGGCUGAGAUCGAUUGGUUUGAUCAAUGAUGGAACGGCUGGUUAGUCUCCCCUUUUUUGAAAGUUACGGCGGCGAGGAAAAAAAAAAAAAAAGAAAAGAAAAAGAAGAGAAAAAUACUGAUCCCCCCUUUUUGGACGGCGAUUUUUCAUUCCAGCCGCGGUCAACUAUGCCAUGACGCGUUCGUUCCCUUCCGAACCGUCCUACCACCUCUUGUACGACCUCGGAGCUGGAUCCCUACGUACGACCUUGGUCUCCCUGAAAUCGUCGCUCCUACCCGACCCUUACUCGUUGGCGUCCAAACCCGAACUCAAGAACGUCACUUCCCUCACCGUCCAUGGCGUAGGUUUCGACGUCCACGUCGGUGGAUACGUGUUCGAUAAGAUCGUGAGGGAUUUGAUGGUCGAAGAAUUCGAAAAGAACGGUGCGGGUUCCAAGUUGGAUAAGAGGGCUAUGGCCAAGUUGUUGAAAGAGGCGAGUAAGGUCAAGCAAGUUUUGAGUGCGAAUACUGAAAGUACGGCUAGGGUAAGUCGAAAAAUCUAGGCGUCUCUUGGAACCGAUCCCCACUUUAUUUUUGGGUUGCUCAUAUCCUCCUUCUCCAACCCGACUUUAACCCAGAUCGAAGGCCUGAUCGACGACAUCGACUUCCGCACGCUCAUCACCCGUGACCAAUUCGAACAACGCAGUCAAGAGCUCUUACCCCGUUUCACCCAACCGAUUCAAGACGCCCUGCUCUCCGCGAACAUCACCAUCCCCCAACUCGAAUCCGUCAUCUUGAUCGGUGGUUCUUCCCGAGUGCCAAUGGUUCAAGCCGCCGUAGCCGCUUUCGUAGGUGAAGACAAGAUCGCCAAGAACGUCAACGCCGAUGAAGCCGCCGUUCUAGGCGCGGCUUUGUACGGUGCCGGUCUAACGAAGGGGUUCAGGACGAAGGAUAUUCGAGUACAAGAUAUCACACCUUUCGGUAUCGACGUAACGUACCCCAUCGAUACCAAAACGAACGAACAAGAACCUAGGAUCAUCACCACUCAUUUAUUCCCCUCCGGUUCGAAAACGUCGAUCAAGAAAACGAUGACGUUGAAAAAGACUCAAGAUUUCGCUCUGACGUUCUCUUAUCAAAGUCCUUCGAACGAAGCGUGGAAGGAAUGCGUUCCUAAAGAUUUGUUCGAAACGAGUUUCAAGGGGAUUGGAGAGAAGACGGUCAAUUUGACGGAGGAGGCUUUGAAGAACGUUUCGGUUUUGGUGACGAUCGAAUUGGAUGGUUCGAAUAUGGUUAGGAUCGAUUCGGCGACGUUGAAGUUGGGGGAGGAGACGGAGGAGAAGGAGAAGGAUAAGGAAGGGAUUAAUGAGAAGAUCAAGGGGUUGUUGUCGAAGUUUGGUUCGAAGAAGGAUAAGCAGGAAGGAGGGGAGGAGGAGGGGGAGCAGAAGGAUGAGGAAGGGGGUGAAAAGGGAGAGGACGAGAAGGAUCCUUUGGAAGGUCUCGACGCGGAGAGAUUGGACGAGUUGCUCAAGAUGUCGAUGCCACCUCCCAAGACCAACAUGAGUGUUCGCUUGACACCUACGACGGUUUCGCUCGAACGCGUACCCAUGUCCGCGGAGGAGAAGAAGGAUGCCCGUGCGCGUAUGAGGGAGAUGAAGCUUGCCGAAACGCGCAAGUUGCAACGCGAGGAAGCGAGGAACGUCCUCGAGGCUUUCCUCUACAAGGCGAAGGAACUCAUUACGUCACCCGAGUUUGAAGGGGCUUCCCAACCUCAUGAGAGGAAGAUCUUGGAAGAGAAGGUCGCAUCGACGAAUGAGUGGUUGUGGGAUGAAGGGGAUUCGGCACCUACCAAGGACCUCAAAGCCAAAAAGGCCGAAUUGGAUAAACUCGUCAAGCUCGUUUCGAAUCGCAUCACCGAGGCCAAGUGUCGACCCGCUUCGAUCGAAUCCCUCAAAGGCACCUUGGCGUCCGUGGCUCCUUUCGUCGACGCGGCCAAGAAGAAUGAUUCAAAGGCCGAGGUACCCAAAUAUACCAAGGAGGAAAUGGAAGGGAUUAGCAAGAUGGCCAAGGAUGCGGAGGAGUGGUUGGCUGGGUCCAAGAAGAAGCAGGAUGCGUUAAAAAAGUGGGAUGAUGCGGUGUUGAAAUGCGCGGAUAUGGAUAGAAAGGUCAGAGAGAUUGAGAUCGAGUUGACGAGGUUGAGGAGGAAGAAGCAACCGAGGAAGCCGAGGGUCGUCAAGAAGCCCGAGGAGACCAAGGAAACGGAGGAGACGAAAGAGGAGACAAAGGGCGAGGCGAAGAAGGAACCAGAGACGGGUGGGGAGGGGGCGGAACACAAGAAGGACGAGUUGUAG